AUGCCAGCCUCACGGCACAAGCUGCGCAUACUGCAGCAGCUGGCCGAGCAGCAGCGCAACAAACUGAGGAGCAGCAGCAGCAGCAGCAGCAGAAAAUGGGCAGCCACGGGGACUGUUGCCCCGCUCACGCACCCGCCAGAUGGCAACAGUAGCAGCAGCAGCAACAGCAACAGCAACCGCAGCAGCAACAAUAGCAGCUGCAGCAGCAGCAGCAACAAUAGCAGCAGCUGCUGCAACAAACCUUUCACAUGCUUACCCGCUAAUGACAAUGUCUUCGCAUUGCCUGCGCUGCAGCAGCAGCAGCAAAGAGAGCAGCGGCAAAGGCAAAAGCCGCAGCACCAGCAGCAACAGCAGCAGCAGCAGCAACAGCAGCAACAGAGACACCGGCACACUUUGGUGUUGGGUUGUUGUGGCCGCCGCCGUUUGCUGCUCGCUAGACGUCUAGCAGCUGUGCAGUCUCUUGGCUGCAGCAGGAAAGAGCAGCGCAGCAGCAGCAGAAGCAGCACGUGCUGCAGCUGCAAUGAGAAGCGUAUUCUCAGCAGCAACACCAGCUGCGGUAGCUGGAAGAGGCGGAGGCACAGCAGCAGCAGCAGCUGCUGCUGCUGCUGCCCACAUACACACGAUGUCUCCUGUACAAAGGCUGACGCACAGUGGCAGCAGCAGCAGAAGCAGGCAGAGCAGCGACAGCUGCUGCAGCAACAAUUGCUGCAGCGUCAGCAGCAACAGCGCCUGCAGGAGCAGCAGCAAGAGCAGCAGCAGCAACAGCAGCAGACCAAGCGUUCUUCACAGCUGCCAGUGGAGGGCUGCAGCAGCAAGCAUGGCAUUUCGUCUGCACACAGCGGCAAAGACAAACAGAAGCAGCAGCAGCAGCAGCAGCAGCGAGAGGAUGAGAAGGAGGAGGAGCAGCAGCAGCAGCAGCAGCAGGAGCAACCGCAGCAGAAGCAUAAAGGGCAGAAACAGCAGCAGCAGCAGCAGCAGCAAGCGGAGCUGCUGCUGAGGCUUCACAUGCUGCAGCAGCAACAACAGCAACAGCAGCAGCAGCAGCAACAGCAGCAGCUGCUGCAGCUCGAAGGAAGUUCGCAUACAGGCAUGCUUUCAGCAGCAGAAGCAGAAGAAGCAGCAGCAGCAGAAGCAGAAGCAGCAGCAGUGACAGAAGCAGAAGCAGAAGCAGCCGAAGGAGCAGAAGCAGAAGCAGCAGCAACAGAAGCUGAAGACGUAGAAGCAGCAGAUGCGAAUGCAGCAAAAGCAGCAGAAGCAAAAGGAGCAGCAGAAGCAGAAGCAGCAGAAGCUGCAGCUGCAGAAGCAGCAGCAGCGGCGGAAGCAGAAGCAGCACCAGCAAACCCAGCAGCAGCAGAAGCAGCAGAAGCACAAGCACCAGAAGCAGAAGCAGCAGCAGCCGCAGCAGCACCAGCGACAGAAGCAUCAGCAGCAGAAGCAGCAGCAGCAGAAGCAGCAGCAGCAGAAGCAUCAGCAGCAGAAGCGGAACCUAUAGGGGCAGCAGCAGCAAGGCGGAAGCAGAAGCAGCACCAGCAAACCCAGCAGCAGCAGAAGCAGCAGAAGCACAAGCACCAGAAGUAG